AUGGCGUCCUUUCUUCGAGGCAAGCAAGCAGGCAUACAGAGAGACUUUUCAGCUGGGCUGGAUCCUCAGCUCUUUGCUAUUGAUGAGGUAGCUCGAUACGGUAUCAAUUCCCAAGUCAGUGCAUUAGCAUACGACCCAGUCCAGUCCUUACUCGCCGUGGGCACCAAAGACACAAAGUUUGGAAGCGGAAAAAUAUAUGUCUUUGGGCAAAAGCGUGUCUCUGUCAGCUUGAAACUUCCAAGAAAAGCCUCGGUCAAGACAUUACAGUUCUGUGCAGACAAAUUAGUCUGCGUUGACACAAAAAACGAUCUAUCGGUCUUUGCUCUGGACACGACGAGGAUACUAGCAUCCUAUGCUCCUCCUGGUCUGAUCACAGCUAUAGCGACAGAUUCGACCUUGGACUAUGCAUUGAUUGGGCUACAGAAUGGGGAGAUCAUCGCCUAUGACCUUGAUCGAUUGAGCCUUGCACCGCUUAGAAUCCCAAAUCUAUGGAGGGACCGCAAUCCAAGGGCACACCUUUUGCCCGUCGAGACGCUAGCCUUUCAUCCUCGGGACAUUGGCAAUCUGUUGAUUGGAUACUCCGAGGGCGCGGUCAUAUUCUCAUUCAAGCAUAACAAACCUUUGAAGUUCUUUCAUUAUGAGUUGCCGUCGGGAGCCCCUGGAGGAGAUCCUCAGGCAAAUCCUGGCAGUCCUGCUCGAUGCCCAAGACUGACACAGGCGAUCUGGCAUCCAACUGGCACUUUCAUACUCACCGGUUACGAGGAUUCCAGUUUUGUGGUAUGGGAUCCAAAAGAUGGCAGGAAAGUGCUGGCCAGAACGAUACAAGCCACAAAUGUAGACAUGCCAGGAGCGUCCUCACAAAUAGUGGGAUCUACGAGAGGCACGCUUGCAAUAAAAGAGCCAUUGUUCCGUAUAUCAUGGUGUUCGAAAGCAAACCCUGAUGAUACUGGAAUAUUGAUCGCUGGCGGGUUAUCGACAACCGAGCCUGCAAAAGGCCUGACUUUUCUCGACCUCGGACCCACACCGAACUACACUACUUCUUCAUGGCAAAUCCUCUCCGAACAUUUCGAGCGACCAAAGGCACAACAUACUCUCCCAACACCGCCGAAUGCCGAAGUCGUCGACUACUGUCUGGUUCCCCGCAAGUCGCCUCACUUCGCUGGUUCCAAUGAUCCCAUAGCUAUUAUUGCCCUCCUAGCCUCAGGUGAGAUGGUCACCUUGAGCUUUCCAUCUGGACAUCCCAUUACUCCUACUAACCAGCUUCAUGUAUCUCUGACGUGUGUUCAUCCAUUCGUCAAUCGCAUUGACAUAGCUUUCGUCGACCGCACCAGAUGGCUUGGUAUGGUCGAGAAUCGCUCGCGCGGUCCUCCAAUAUUGAAGGGAGGCGCUGAGCCCAAACGCUCUCUCAUGAAGUUCGCGAAUCGGAAUGUGAUACAGACCGCUCACGCUGACGGCACGAUACGUGUUUGGGAUGCUGGGCAUGGUGAUGAGAUCGAGAAUGAAGAAGUCCUCGAAGUCGAUGUUGCUCGAGCUCUAGGCCGAUAUAGAGACAUAGAUGUCAUCAUGAUGUCGAUGGCGGGUGCUACCGGAGAACUUGCUGUGGGUCUGAGAACUGGCGAAGUGGCCAUCUUUCGCUGGGGCAAGAACCGCGAUUUCGGCAGAGACAUUCCGCAUAAGGAGACCAAGAGCUUCGGCCUAGAAACGAUUGUAGACCGGGCCGAGCCCAGUGUUAAGGAAGGCUUGCUUCCUUUGACGCUGCUGGACGCGCAACACGGUCCUGUAACUGCAUUGAAAAUGAGUGAUGUCGGCUUUGUCUGUGCCGGGUUUGAAGGAGGCAGCAUUACAGUUAUCGACCUCAGAGGUCCAGCUGUCAUAUUCGAGGCCAGCGUGAGUGACUUCGGUAGCUCAAGCGGCAAGCAUGGGAGCUUUCGAAGAAGCAGCAACAGCCAAAGUCAAGCCAAGCUUGAGUGGCCUACGAACAUCGAGUUUGGAGUCAUGAUGCUCGAUGGAGACGACUACUCAAGCAUACUACUCUUCGUUGGAACUAAUCUUGGGCACCUGGUGACUUUCAAGUUAUUACCAGAGGCGACUGGGGGCUACACAGUCAGGCUUGUUGGAACAUGCACGCUGGACGACAAAAUCAUCUCUAUAUCACCGAUCAAUACAGACUCAGGAGACCUGGCAGCAGCUACGCAAGAUGUUGUUGCUAGCCUUCGCAGUGGGGCUAGAAUCAACGGAGUCAUACUAACUGUCACCACAACGGGUGCGAAAAUGUUCAAACCAGCGGUAGCCAAAGGAGCUAACAAGACUUGGGACCAACUCUUGUGCUAUCAGGCAGCUGUCGUCAAAUUCGAAGCUUACACUUAUGCACUAGUUGGGCUUUUUGGCGAUGGAUGCGCCAAAGCCUUUUCAGUCCCAGGCCUGAAAGAGAUUGCUUCGACCAACGUUACCCAUAUACUGGACGUACAAAGGUUCUCUGAAGCUAUAAUAACGCCUACCGGCUUCGUAUUUGGUUGGACUGGACCUUCCGAGAUAGCAGUACUUAACGUAUGGGGAACUGGACAGGAUCUGACACGUUCCCUUGAUAAGCUAUUCAACCCACAAGCUCUCAUACCCCCAAGACCGACCAUCUCGAAUUUACAAUGGAUGUCAGGCACGCAGUACGUCACGCCGGCAGAUAUGGAUAUGUUCAUUGGCGGCCCUGAUCGUCCUCCGUCGAAGCGGGUGAUGGAGCAGCAGCGGGCCGAUGAAGAAGCACGGCGUGUCGCAAGCCGCCAACCUACCGGCAGCUCCUCUAGAGCCGGCCGACAACCUCCCGAGCGCCAAGAAGAGGGCUACUGGGCUUACAUGCAGCGUCAAGUACAGGAACGAACAGAAAACCUGAGUCUUGCAGGAGACAAUAUGGAGAAGCUUGAGGACAACAGUGCAGGAUGGGCUGAUGAUGUGAACAAGUAUGUUAGUUCGCAGAAGAAGAAAGCUGUUAUGGGGUUGAUUUCCCAUAAGCUUGGGUUUUGA